AUGGCGGACGAGGCUCAGAUUGCAGCGAGUGUGCAAGCUCGUGCCGCACGAGUUCAAGGUCUGUUGGCGCAGCGUAAGAAUGAAGAGGCAGUGCGUGUAGCUUUGGAGGAUCCGCCACUUUUGUCCAAGAACGAAGUAGUAAAGGACGAGAAUGCAAAGGUUGUGAUAGGGGCUCUACUGGCUUGCAACAAGGGCGAAAUGCAAAGAGCUAUCGACUCACUUCCAAGCUCCUUGGAGGAUAUACUCAUGAAAUACAUCAUGCGCUUUCUCGGCAUCGCUUCACAAAGUGCAAUCAUGCUCGAAUGGCACCAAAAGCUGAUGGCAAAGGCCGGAUCGGGCUGUGCGAUGCGCGCCUUCACUGAUCGAAAACAAGUUUGA